AUGAACGGGUUCGUUCGCGCAGUCAGCAUGCGGGGCCUCGCCGUCGCCGUCGCUCUGCUGCUCGUCGCGGCGGCGGGGAUCGCCUCGGCGGCCGGCGGCGAGAGGAAGGUAACUGACGCCUUCCGUUGGUCGUCGGCUGAGUGAAUCAGGAAGGUUGAGGGAGUUGGAAGAUUAACGUGGUCUUGUUGCAGCAGAAAUAUAUAGUGUACAUGGGAGAUAAACUUCACCCAAGCGUGGACGCAGUCGCCGCCCACCAUAGCCUUCUGGCGGACGUCCUCGGAAAGUAUGCGAGACGGAGACCCCUCCUGCUGGCUCUUUCUUGGUGCUCUUGUUCUUCUUCUUUGAUUGUAACGUGGGCGUGUUUUUUCAUGUGUUCCUCAACGGUGGCAGCCAUGAUGACGCCAAGGGCUCCAUCUUCCACAGCUACACUCGCAGUAUGAACGCCUUCGCCGCGAUGCUGUCCCCGGAGGAGGCCAGCAAGGUGUCCGGUAGGUUGCACCGGUGAAGUCCAUGAUCUUCUUCCCCGUUCAAGGUUUGACGGGGGAGGAAGUCAUCUUUCUGUCUCUCUACCUCUCUUUCUCUAUCCAUCUCUGCCUUUUGUUAAUCUCAGAACUGGAGGAUGUUAUCUCCGUCUUCCCCUGCAAAACUCGGAGGAUGCAGACGACGAGGUCAUGGGACUACAUUGGCUUAUCUCCUGAAGUCAAGAGGAGACAGGCCGCGGAGAGUGAUGUAAUCAUCGGCAUGAUCGACUCCGGUAAUUUUCCCUGGAACGAUCUCGGGGAGGCUUUCAGAUCUUACCGACAACUUAGUCAUCCUCCAUGGCCAACAUUAACAGGCAUCGACCCGACCCUGGAGAGCUUCAGAGAUGAAGGCUUCGGGCCUCCGCCGGCCAGAUGGAAGGGGACCUGCGGCCCUUACGAGAACUUCAAGUGCAACAGGUAAUGUCAUCACGGCUCUCGCUCGUUGUGUUAGCAAGAAAAAUAAAGACCAAAUUUUUUUUCACAGGUAAUGUUAUCUUUCUGGUGCAGAAAAAUCAUCGGAGCGGAAUUCUUCCGGCACUCUCUGCAGCUCCCGAUUGGUGAGAGCGCCUCCCCUCUGGACAUGACGGGCCACGGCUCGCACACGGCGGCCAUCGCCGCCGGGUCGCUCGUCCAGAGGGCGGAGUUCUUCGGCCUUGCGGGAGGGACCGCGAGGGGAGGCGUCCCGUCGGCGAGGAUCGCCGUCUACAAGGUCUGCUACACUGACCACACCUGCAAUGACGAGGACGUGCUGUCGGCGUUCGAUGCCGCCGCAAACGAUGGGGUCGACAUCAUAAACCUCUCUCUGGGGGGUGACUACGGGUUGACGUUGACGGAUGCCCUCGCCGUCGGGUCCUACCACGCGAUGAAGUUCAACAUUCUCACCGCCGCCGCCGCCGGCAACCAAGGCCCCUUCCACCGGUCCAUCAUGAACUUCUCCCCGUGGAUGCUCACCGUCGGCGCCAGCACCGUCGACCGCCAGCUGAGAACAGAUCUCAUCCUGGGCAACGGGGAGAGGAUCACGGUGAGCGUCGACGGCUCCACGGCAGAACCCACCAACCAUCAUCGGGUUUUUCUGACCACAAGUUUCUCUUGCACCUUCAGGGAGUCUCGGUGAACACCUUCGAGACGCCCAACCAUACCAUCCCGAUCAUCCGCGGCUUCGACGCUAGCGCAGAGUUGGGUUUGGAGCUGUCGGCCAUGUAAGUUCACUUCUGAGAUUCCUCCAUCAAGACCACCGUUUGUGACCGCUUUCAUGGGGAGGCGAAGGGCUAACAGAGAGGGUCUGUGGCUCCUGGUGCAGGAGGUGCAUGCCCGAUUCGCUGAAACCUGAGGCCGUGAACGGCAAGAUCGUGCAUUGCCUGGUCACCGGCGGCGCUGGGACGUCGGACGAGGCGGUCCGAGAAGCGGGAGGGGCCGGCAUGAUCGUCCAGGUGUACACCAUGACCGACACCCCUGAGGUCUUUCUCGUCCCGACGACAGUGGUAGCGAAGGAUGACGGCAAGAGGGUCGCCUCCUACCUGAAAUCGACCAAGUGAGUGAAGAAGGAGAUCUCGUGCUCUCCGUUAUAUUAUUCAGCUCUUCAUUCUUCUCCAUUGCUCCGUGCUCUCAGGUCUCCGGUGGGAACCAUUGCCAAGUCCUACGCCAUAAACAUGAGCAACCCAACAGUGCCCUCCUUUUCCGGCAGGGGACCGAACCCUGUUUACCACAGCAUUCUCAAGGUGAUCAACUCGCCUUCUGGUCUACCAGGGUCCUUUCUAACGAAGCUCUAACUUGGCGCCGGUGUGUGCGGGCAGCCGGAUAUCGUCGCACCAGGGGUGGACAUACUGUCGGCGCACCCCAUGUACGUGCCGAUCACCGGGAAUAAUGACCCGCGGCGCUCACGUUUCAACAUCCUCUCCGGCACAUCGAUGUCCACUCCCCAUGCGGCGGCCGUAGCGGCAUAUAUCAAGAGCUUCCACCCCGACUGGUCCCCCGCGGCGAUCAAAUCCGCCAUGAUGACCACAGGUGACGUCGUCCGGAUCUCCCUCGGUCUCCUUUUCUUCUGCUCUUGUCGCCGGCAGGUUUUGAUCAUCUCUCUCCGCCUGCAGCCGUCGUGAUGACGAGGGAGAGCGCAAACAUCAGCGAUGUCGAGUACGCCUACGGUUCUGGCAUGAUCAACCCAGUGAGGGCCGUUGACCCAGGGCUGAUCUAUAACAUCGGCAGCCUCGAUUGGUUGUCCUUCCUCUGCGCACAGACGACCAACCAGACGGCCAUCAGGAUCCUCUCCGCCCAGGACAAGCUGGUCUGUACCGACCUACCCAAGAUCAGGCCCACCUACGACAGCCUCAACUACCCGAGCUUCCACUUUCACGUGGAAGACUCAUCGAAGGGGAAGACCGCCGUCUUCCGGCGGAGCGUCACCAACGUCGGCGACGGGGCCGCCGUCUACAAGGCCACCAUCGAGGCACCUCCCGGCGUCAACGUCACCGUCAAGCCGAGUACGAUCCAAUUCAUUGUCCGCAGGCAGAGUAAGUCGUUCAAACUGGUCGUUAGGACGACCCCGCAGGGGCACCGCCCACCGUUGAUCGUCUCCGGCUCCCUGACGUGGAGCGACGGCGUUCACUCCGUCCGCAGCCCCAUCGCCGUUCACUUCUCUUGA